CACACACACACACACACACACACACACAGUGAGGAUGGGUUAGCAGCUCUGUAUUACAGAGACUGUGUCCAGGUCAGUCAGACUGCAAUGAUUUCUAACAGUCCACUAAUCCUGCUUUAUUUUUAAUUCAGUAUCUCGUGUGUGUGAGUCCAGCGCUACGUGAUGGCGGUGUCCGUGCGCUCCUGGACGGUGAAGCAGGUGGGCCGCUGGCUGCGUGAUGAAGGUUUCAGUGAUUAUGUGGAGCUGCUGUGUAAUAAACACCGCCUGGACGGCACCAGCCUCCUCUCACUGUCAGAGUUUGACCUGCGCUCGCCGCCGCUCGAGCUCAAAGUGCUCGGAGACAUCAAGAGGCUCAUGCUGAGUGUGCGAAAGCUGCAGAAACAAAACGCAGAUGUGCUAGAGGAGCUCUUCCCUCACGACACACUCUCACCACCGGGGGGCGCUGGGGUGGAGUGGCUGUGUAACGGGGACUCGGUGAGGGACCGGGACAGCGUGAGCGACGUCCUCGCUGGUGAACAGUUUCCCUACAGUAACGGGAAGCAGAAGCAGCAGAAUCGGCGUCUGGACCCGGAGUACUGGAAAACAGCGCUCAGCUCCGUCUACGUCACGCUCGUCUUCGGCUUCACCUCCUUCGUCAUGGUGAUCGUUCACGAGCGCGUACCCGACAUGCGCACCUACCCUCCGCUACCCGACAUCUUCCUGGACAGUGUUCCCAGAAUCCCCUGGGCCUUCGCCAUGGCCGAGGCAUGUGGAGUCAUCCUGUGUAGCAUCUGGCUAAUUGUCCUGCUGUUACACAAACACAGGUCUAUCUUGGUGAGGAGGUUGUGUAGUCUGAUGGGGACAGUGUUCAUGCUGCGCUGUAUCACCAUGUUCGUCACCUCACUGUCAGUACCAGGACAACACCUGCAGUGUACCGGCAAGAUAUACGGUGAUAUGUGGGCGAAGCUGCAGAGGGCAGUAGCGAUAUGGAGUGGAUUUGGGAUGACUCUGACUGGAGUUCACACCUGUGGUGAUUAUAUGUUCAGUGGACACACUGUGGUCCUCACCAUGCUCAACUUCUUCGUCACAGAGUACACUCCCCGGAGCUGGAACUUUAUCCACACUCUAUCGUGGGUGUUGAAUCUAUUCGGGAUCUUCUUCAUACUGGCAGCUCAUGAGCAUUACUCCAUCGAUGUCUUCAUCGCCUUCUACAUCACCACACGUCUCUUCCUGUAUUACCACACCCUCGCUAACACUCGCGCCUACCAGCACAGCCGCCGCGCCCGCAUCUGGUUCCCCAUGUUCUCCUUCUUUGAGUGCAAUGUCAACGGCCCUGUUCCCAACGAGUACUGCUGGCCCUUCACAAGACCUGCCCUGCUCAGGAGACUCAUCCGAUAACACACACACACUCACACACACACACACACACACACACACACACACACACACACACGCACGAACACACACGUAGUGUGUGUGAAUGGAGCGAUGUACAUAAGACACUCAAAUUAUGUUUACGACGUAAUCUCUCUUCUGUCCCGAACCUCACCCCAUGUCCACUACAUAGGCUGCAUAAUCACCACUGUCAGUACACUGCGGGUGUGUUUUAAACCACACACUCUAAUCACUGUCAAGCCCACAGAAUCACUAAAACUGUGGGUGUGUAUUAUAAAGCACGUACUUGUAAAGAUUUUAGCUUGUGUUGCAUGAUUUUUUCAUUUGUUUUUGCAGGUUGCUCAGGAUUAAAGGUGCAAUAAGAAUAAUUAUCCACUUAAACUGGCAGGAAUUUUAAAGCUGCACUCAGUACAUCUACAUGCUAAACGUUAUUUUGUGGCCAGAGCAGAAUUUAUGGUGAUAGAUUAACACAAUCCAAAGACCAAAGAAAUUGCUGUAGUAAAAGGGGAAUAAAACACUGUGAGACAUUCUGUUCAAGGUAAAUAAUUAAACUGAAUCUGGUAAACAGUAACAGCACACAAUCUGAAAUAAUGUUCCUUUAAUAGUAGCACCAAGGGUUUUAUUCCCUACUUAAUAAAUAUAUUAAAACAUUCCAAAUCAAAUAAUAUUCUGUAAAAUGACAUAAAGUAAAAAUAAAAACACAUUAAAGCUCAAGGUUAAAGUAAAAAUAACUUCAGUUAUAUUUAUUUAUUUUAAAUAUAAAGUGAAGGCCAUAAAUUUGAUGUUUUAAUAAUUAUUUUGGGUUGCAGGUUUUGUGUAUAUUGAACUGAUGGCACCUUUAAUAGAAGCUGUUUCUCUCAGUGAUAUUUCAGCUUCAGCUCUCGGGUGUAAAUAUGUGUAAAUAAGAACAAACCUUCUAAAGCAAUAUGAACUACGCUUCCUCAACUAGUUUACACUGUCACACUCUUCCCUGAGGUUCAUUAUUAUUGCCAUGAUUUUGCAUCAGUGCAAAAAAACAAAUCUGCACAUUGCGUCCACUCGCUUUUUCAUUUCAAAACAAACAUCAUUUAAUUUUGUUUUUCUUGGCAAAUAAAAUAGUAAGUUAAUUAUUUUUCCCACUUUUCCAAAAAAUGAAUAUCUUGACUGAUAUUUACAGGGAUUCAAAUGGGGAGAAAUGUCCAGAUCAGAACAUUUCGGUUUGAUCACAGGGGACAAUUCAAAUGUUUUUCUGACCGUUGUGUUUUUUGGAGCUAAAACGAUCUGCCAAAGUAGGCCAACCAAACCAAUUUAACAUUAGGUUUGUGUCAUUUUUGUUUAAUUUGUAUUCACUAGCUUUGCGGUUAUAAAACUUUGAAUGACUGAAAAAUGAACAUUUGCCAAAAUGUGUGAUAGACAGAUAGAUUUAUAUCUAGAUGAUCAUUGCAGAAGCCAACAGCAGGUUAUUUCAUAUGUAGAACAUUAUGUAAAUAGUACAAAUUGUGUUUAGGAUCCUGAAACUUUUCCUUGUAGAGAUUACUAAUGUUUACAACUUGACUAAAUAUCUUGCUUGCUUUAUUUUUAAGAACAGAAAAUAUCUCAGUGUAUCUUGUUUUUAUUAUGAUUUACAAUAAUACACUUUUUUUUAUGAAAGAAAAAAUAGAUUUUUGUGUCUACAGCACUUAUUUAUCAGUGAUUUAGCCGCAGUGUUUUUGCUUUAGCACUAUUUCCCCGUAGUAAUGGUACUUUCUGCAUGUUCUAGAGUAUUUGAAGAAUAUGUUUAUGAUCUAGAGUAUACUGUGGGAAUAUAUGGAUGUAUUAUUAACAGUAAUUUGCCUUCAUGCUCAUACUGCUCUAACUUCUUUCAUGCAUAAGCUGGCUGUUUUCUAUGUAUGUAAAUAUGUACGUAAUGAAAAUUGUGUAGCACAAAAUAAAAAAGUUGCCAUUGUAAA